UAGACUUCCGGUAUUCUCCACUCCGCUUUACGCGUCUCCGUCCUGACGUAUGAAUCAUCUUUCCCAAGAUGGCGUUACACCUGUUUCUCCGGCGGUGAUCCUGGUUGUCGUCUGCGCAACGCCAGAAAACAAAGCGUCCGGAACGGCCAGUUGACAAACCGGAGACGUAGUUAAACGGCUGGACUCAACCCGUCUCCACCCCCCAAAAAAACAUGUCCACGGAGGAGCUGUCGGCCUCGGACAGCGAGGCUGCCUUCGCGAGCGCAGGGGAGCGAUGGGCACCGGUCGGGGCCGUGGCCAGUCCCGAGGAUGAGAGCGGCAGCGGGAGCCCCGGCCAGCCGAAGCAGAGAGGCUUGUUCUCGGCCACCGAUGAGGAAAUGGCCGUGAGGCUGGAGAAGCUGGAGGAGGAGCAGGACCUGCUCAACUCCUCGCUCCUCGCGCUCACCUCCCACUUCGCACAGGUGCAGUUCCGACUGAAGCAGGUAGUUCACGCGCAGACCGGGGAGAAGGAGGGGAUGCUGGCCGAGCUGGAGGAGUUCGCCUUCAGGGGCUGCCCGCAUGUAGUGGGCUGCAGAGCCCAGGACGCCACACAGCUGGAGAACUCGACUGAGAGGGAGAAGAGGGAGCGCCUGGAGGCUCAGAGGGAAAAACAGAAGGAUCUCAUCUUCCAACUGAAGACACAGCUGGAUGAUCUGGAGCGCUUCGCCUACCAGGAGGGCAGCUACGACUCGCUGCCGCAGUCCGUCGUCAUGGAGAGACAGAAGGUCAUCAUUGACGAGUUGAUCAAAAAGCUGGACGUGAACCUGAACGAGGACAUCGGCAACUUGUCGCCCGAGGAGCUGCGACAGAGAGUGGACUCUGCCAUCGCUCAGAUAGUGAACCCGGCCCGGGUCAAAGAGCAGCUGGUGGAUCAGCUCAAAACCCAGAUCCGAGACCUGGAGAUGUUCAUCAACUUCAUCCAAGACGAAGUGGGGAACCCUCUUUUAUCAGAUGGACUCAGCCAGCAGCCGCGAGCAGCGGGGACCAGAACUCCAGGAGUGAAGAAGAAGGUGGACCCAGAGCAGGCCCAGAAGAUACGAGAGACCGGCCUGCAGCUGAUCCAGAAGGCCCUCGCCGUGCUGCAGAUCUUCGCCGCGAGCCAGUUCGGCUGCGCGCCCGUCCGCCUCCCUCAGAACAUGUGGCCUCAGGAGUCGACCCUGCAGGACUACGGGCCCCUGCUGCAGAGCCUGGAGGCCGCUGUCGACAAGGUGCGGGUGCUGAGCUCGUGCAGACAGCCCUCCCUCGAACACGUCGUCAACUACACCAGCAACGCGGCGCUGGGGCCGCGCGACGAGCUGACGUCGUCGGUGAGGAAGGAGCUGGCGGUCGCUCUGAAGGACUUGUUGUCCCACGGCCUCUUCUCGCCCUCCCAGACCAUGAGUCUGGUGCUGGCACCCAUCUCAUGCCUGCUGCCUUACAGACCAGCCCCACAGACCAUGCACCCGUGGGAGCUCUUUGUCCAGUACUACCACUCCAAAAACGGGAAAGCCUUCGUGGAGACACCGGCCCGCCAGCUUUCUCAGUCCUUCAGUCUGCCCGUGGGGGGUGGCCCGGUGACCGUCACCCCUAAACAGUCCCUGCUGUGGGCCGUUCACACGGUGCUGAAGGAGCACGGACGCUACAAACGUGGACCGGACACCGAGUUCAAGGCGCUGGUGUGCAUGGCGCUGAACGAGCAGCGGCUUGUGUCGUGGAUCAACCUGCUGUGUAAGUCUGGGACCCUCGUACACCCGCACUACCAGUCCUGGAGCUACAUGGCCCAGACCGGCUUUGAGGAAGCCCUGCGCAUCCUGGGCCGCAUCAGCCACCUCAAAUUCAACCUCCCGGUGGACCUGGCCGUCCGGCAGCUGAAGAACAUUAAGGAUGCCUUCUGAGGAGGGCGACGCAUACAUGAAAUCCAGUAUUUUAACCCAGCUAAAACGACACCGCUCUUACCUGGCGUCCAGGACCGAAAGCAUGACUUUGUGCUUCAAGUGUGUAACCUUUUUUUUUUUAAAGGUUAUUUAAGUAGCGACUCAUCUCACGUGAAGUGCAAGUAUGCGAUGUCUCCAGUGUACGUGCAUGGAUGAUUAUGUCGUUUGAGCUUCAACCGUAAUUUCCACUGUGUUUUAAAGAUGCCAAAAUGACAACGCUGCUCGUGCUGUAAACAUGCCUUAGGAUGGAGAUUGAGAUCUCCUCUCGUUUUUAGCAAAAGCCUUUCCUGACCUUUGCGACCUGUGUUCCUCAUACCGCGUUGUUACCCUGUGCACAUGCAUGAUGGCGUCCCAACCUAUGCAGCUGAGAGAGAGAGGGAGGGUUGGACGUGUACAGUAAUCAGUACUGUAAUGCCAGACAAAAACCCCAACGCUGUUGUUUCCACACGACGUGCCGGCGCUGCGCGAAUCCCUCGUAGCAGAUCGGUCGCUCUCUUCAGACGUGACGUUAAAGCGUUGCGUAACAUUGUCUCUUGUCCACCGACUCCAUUUUAUAAAACCUCCUGAAGCUGUUUUCACCUCUUGCACGUUGCGUUUCAGGUGCGUCGGAGCCCUGUGAGAACUGCUGCUUUCCUCCCGUUCCAGAUGGAAUAAAAUGGCGGUGGUAUUGAUAACGAUGUAACGGCUUGCAUCCCCCGUGCCGUGUAACGCAAUCGUAGUUAUAUGAAAAGGCUUUUUGUUUCGUUUCCCACGUUUUUUGUCAGAACUUUUUGUUUUUAAUCUUCCGGGAUGCGGAAGAGUUGCACGAAUUAUAUGUCCUUAAAUACUGAAUGUACAAACCGUAGAUGCUAUUAAACUGAGGUUGAGUUUCUAUCUGCUGUAUGUUGAACUGCUGUUUAUGGGCACUUCAGUGACGCUGUAUGUGUCAAACCUGUGAGUGUAGGUGUGCUCAUGGGAGAUGAUCACUGCGUCUGUAUCCCCCCCCCCCCACCUGUGCACUUUGUGACCUGAGAGCACCUGGAGACACAUUUUUAGCAUUUAUUGUUUGUUGCUGUGUCAAUGGGAAGUUUGUGUUUGGUUUGGGUGUCGUAAAUAUGCUGCCAUAUUUAGCUUCCUAUGUUCCCAUUUUUGUUGUUCAGCUGUUUCUGUUGUGAGUUCUGUAAGGAGACAUGUAUGUAUUUAUUUAUUUAUUUAUUUAUGGCAUAGCAUGUUUUAACUCACCUCCUGAAGUAGGUUGAACAUAUCGGAACUCUUUGUUAUAGUAGCUAGAAAUACACUGAAUCGUUUAUAUUGUGCUAUUUAUGUUGUUUUUAUUGAGUUGCUUUAAUCACAAAUAAUAUAUUGGGAGGUAUGAAUUGUUUAUUUUCUCUUUUUUUAUCAUGUUCAAUGCAUACCUACAGCUGUAAACAAAUUAAAUUUAGUAAAUGAACCGCUGUA